AUGAGGGAGCAGAUCUCGCAGCCUCGCCCCACACCUCCCGCACGCGCCCGCACGCCGUCGCUCGCGAUGAUCGCGUCAUCGCGCGCGCCCGCGCCCGCGCGAGCGCCGUGGCGACGUCUUGCGAGACACCCCGCGGUUGGACGGGGACGCCGCGCGAACGUCGUCGCGGCGGCCAAGGCGGCGGACGCGGAGGCGCCGAAGCUUUCGUCGAAGGCUUCCUCGAAGAAGGCCUCCUCCUCCUCCUCCUCCUCCGCGACCGGCACCGCGGUGGGCGCGCCGGCCACGAUCUUCGGGCUCCCCCCGCCCACGCCCGCGCAGACCGCGGGCAUGUUCGUCGGCGCGUUCGUCCUCGCGAAGGCGCUCUUCCGGACGCGGUCCGCGCUCGGCGGACGACGACGGGGAUCCGUCGCCGCGCUCGAGGAGCGCGGCGCCCUGGACGAGAACCGCGACGUGGACGAGGAAAAGUUCUUCAGAGGGAUGAUGAAGUCCGUUCGAACGGUGGAGAUGCCCUCGCUGACGGAGGCGCAGAUAUCGGCCGCGAGGGAGCGGCGGCGGCGAGCGCGCGUCGAGGAGGACGGCGGUUCGCUGAGGGACGUAUCGUUGCCGAAGAAUCAUCCGUGGGCGACGAGCGACGGCGACGGCGACAGCGCGGAGGAGCGGAAGAAAAAGGCGGACGCGGUGAGGGAGGCGAACCGGCCGAGGACGCGGCAGCGCGGGACGCCGCCGCCGGAGGCGUGA